AUGUUAUCGUUCGUGUGGGAUUUAUGUUUUAGUCCAGAUGGUAAACUAGUUGUUGCAGCCGUGGGUUGCAAUGUAUUGGUAUAUAGAGCCGAAUGUGGAACAUUGUUGAAAACAUUGAAAGGUCAUAGGGAUACCUGCCUUUGUGUUAACUUUAGCUCUGAUGGAUCUCACUUUGCUAGUGGAGGGGUGGAUAACGUGGUGAUAGUGUGGAGAAGCGUUACAUUCGAUGGUAUAUUGAAAUACACACACAACUCAAGUAUACAAGGUGUGUGUUUCAACCCAAAGAUGUUACUCUUAGCAAGUUGUUCAUCAUAUGAUAUUGGUACUUUGUCACUGAUGACAAAAUGA